UGAGAACCUCACCAAUCAAUGCAGUACGACUUUUUUUUUUAUGGCGCGGUGUAGAGCUACACGACUGUGACAUAGACCACGUUUUUUUUGCAGUAUCACGAGUUGUUCAGGGGCUACGAGUUACGUACGUCAACGUUUGAACCAUUAAAAGACUUGCUGUGCUUGCGCCAACGCCUCUCUCAAGUUCGUUAUCUUUGUCGCCUCUCCAAGUGUCGUGCCACAGCCAUGCAGCCAGGAAUUUACACAUUCAUAAAUCGCCAGAGCGGUACAGCAAUGGCCCUGAACAAACAUGACUACACGUGUGUCGUCGGCUCUCCGCCAUGUGAUGAUUCUGUCCAAAAGUGGGAAAUAGCACCUUCUGGAGCAGGAUAUACUAUCCGAAAUAUGCAAACGGGGACUCACCUCUCUGUGAAAGGACUCACUCGCAAUACUGCCGUCUUUGCGGGGCAUUUUCCCGCAGCGUGGCAAAUUAUCGACGUGAAAGUGGAUGCCGAAAACUCUCAAUUGGUUGAAAUACGCUGGCCGCAUACAGAAUACAUGUUUGAUUUGGCUGACUGGGGAAACUCUGCUCCUGGAACAAAGGUGCAGCUCAUGGACACUAAGCUAAAUGCCGUACAGCAUCGUUGUAGAUUGUGGAAGCCCAUUCUCAUGCAACACACCCUUUACUCUGGUCUUUCGGAGCGUAUUGACGACGACACAUCAAGCACUACUACUAUAAACGCUGCUGAUGUGCCAGAGGGAGGGGAGCUCGUCUUGGUCACGACCACCACGACAAGAACAGUGGUGACAAAAGUUCCGAAAUACUGAAGUAGGGGUUUUAGGGUUUCGGGGCGAGCGCAAGCUUCGAGAGCCUAGUUAAGUUGUGUAGCACAUAUCCAAAAGGCUGCAUCGAACGAAUCAGCGGCAUUGUCGCACGUUCAAGUUGUACACUACUGUACUGCAGAUUUCUUUCUAGAACUUCCUGUUUACAACGCUAUUGAAAUGUUCGGUCGGGCACGUUUCAGAAGGGUCGGUUGUAAGCUUCACCUGCCUUAUGAUCCUAGGAAACCUGAUUGUCAAUGACAUUUCAAUUGUCC